GGGCUGGAUGGUGUUUGUAGACCAAGACUUUUGGUAAACCCGCUACAACGCACGUGAGAAGGGCCUGCUACACGACUCUCCCAUCAGACUAUGCCUUUCCCAGUUGGGGAGGAAAGCAAAAGGGAGAGAGUAACACGGGGCAGCGGAGGGCGACCACGGGGAGAGAGGAACAGGCUGACGUCUCGCGUGCGCUCUGGAGAUGGAGAUGACAAACCGCAGCCUGCACGGGGACUCCAAAGUGGACUAUGUAAACUGCGAUGGCCUGAUCAGUCGGAACUGUGGGGAUUCCGCAGAUGUGUCGGUGCCGCUGACAAUUCCCGGGAAACGGACAACUCACAUGGAGGGAGACGACCUUUACCGACUACGAGACAGAAAGUUAUUAUUAGAGGAUAAAAAGCGCCUGUGCGCGUGGGCUCUGGGCACUGCUCUGUUCGGGAUACUGCUCAUGAUAAUCCACGCUGAAAUACGUCCCUAUGUUUAUAAACCGGAUUCAAGCAUUCCAUUGAUCAUCAACUGCUCCAUCAGCCUGUCCACUGGGUGUCUUCUGAUCCUCAUAAUAGCAUUCCAUUAUAAGGACAUCCAGCUGUUCAUCACUGACCACAACCAGGUGGACUGGCGUAUUGCCAUGACCAGCCACAGGGUUAUUGUCAUCACCCUGGAGCUGCUGGUUUGUGCAAUCCAUCCUGUUGGAUCAUACUGGGGGGUAGGCCUCCACAUGAACUCCUCUUCCACUGUUCCCACUCCAUCUCCACUCUGUGCUUCCAGCCACCACAGCGAAGCCCUGAUGAACAUGGAGCUGCUAUUAUCAGUGCUGAUGUUCCUCCGUUUGUACUUGGUGCACAGAGCCAUCUUGCUGCACAGCAAAGUGCUGCUGAGUGCUUCCUACAGGAGCAUAGGCUCACUCAACAAUAUCAACUUCACCUUUCGCUUUGUUCUCAAGGUACUGAUGAACAAACACCCAGCACGCACGCUGCUAGCCUUCAUCCUCUUCUUCUGGCUCACUGUGUCCUGGAUGCUUACUCUGUGUGAGAGGCAGUCCGAAGAACCAACAGGCCACAUGGACACAGCGCUGUGGCUCAUAGCCAUCACCUUCCUGACAGUCGGCUAUGGGGACGUGGCACCCAAAACCAGCUGUGGCAGGGCUGUGUGCCUCUUCACUGGAGUCAUGCUGAAAAGUGGAAAACAGGGCGUUGCCUGCACCGCCAUGCUGGUUGCAAUUGUUACAGAGAAGCUGGCGCUGAAUAAAGGAGAGAAACAUGUGCACUUCUUCAUGAUGGAUAUCCAGAUUUCAAAAAGGAUCCGCCAUGCUGCUGCUAAUGUACUGAGAGAAUGCUGGCUUCUUCACCGCGCAAACGUGACAAAGGGCAACCGCGGUGAGCACAGAAAACACCAGAGAUGCCUUCUGGAAGCCAUCAGAGUAUUUCGACAUUUACGCCUUAAACAAAGAAAACUAAGAGAUUAUGUCAGUGAAAUGGUGGAUCUCCCAAAGAUGCAGAUGAUUAUGUGCGACCUCAGUGCCAGCUGGAAUAACUCCUAUCGGGAGCUGGAGCAGCGAAUCCUCUCCAUGGAGCAGAAGCUGGACGAGCUGAGUCGCUGCUUCCAACAAACCUCUGAGCUGCUGUCUCAGGUUAUACGUCACGGCAACCCAGAGAUCAGGUGACAUGGCUGCAUGCAUUUGUUAAAAAAAAAAAAGUCUGUGCUAUUUUCUUCUGAAGUAUCCAUGAAUCCCCUCCAACCAGAGCUGCUUCAGACUCUUAACAUGCUGAACCACUUGGGGGACUGGCAUACUCACUAAAGAUCAUCUUCUGGCCCUCUUCUGAGUGCACUGCACAGUGACUCACUGCUGUAAAAUUAUACAGAUAAAACAAGACUUCCAUUCAGUGCUGGGAAAUCAGAGUGCAUUUUCAGAAACAUACUGGGCUUUUAAGCAAAGGUAUUUGUAGCGGUGCACAAGAACUGACCUGAUCUCAGUCAAGGACUGUGGAGGAUCCUUUAAUGCGCAAUGACAAAGGAUCUAAACUGCUAUUUGUAAGACAUUAUCAAUAAUCUACACUCCUAGUUUAUUCCUGUGGAAUAAGCUAUUUUGCAUGUUAAUUUUAUUUUGCGCAGUAUUUCAGUGUUAAUCUAACCGUUUUCUCAUUACCAGACAGAAUGACUGCAAAUAAGCAUUGUUUGC